AUGGAUAAUGAGUCUUUGAAGCAAUUGGCCAGAUAUCAUCCAAACCAUCCAGAGCCAUCAUCAAAAGUUGAAUUCUUUGGGUUCAAAGACAAAAGUUACCAAGAUCCAGAUCCAAUCAAUCAUCAGAACUGGAGGAAUGAAAAAGAAAUGAAAGAAAAGAGUUAUGCUGAUGAGUUGAAAGUAAUUAAAGAUUUCAAAGAAUCUAGAAACAAGUGGUUCCUGAAAGAAGAGAAAAAGAAGAGGAGCAGGAAAGCAACACCUAAAAUUCAAGUAGAGGAAGGUUCAUCUUCUCAACCUAAGCGAAAGCGUCAAAAGAAAACGGUUGAAACUAUGCUUGUUGAUGAUUCUGAUAAAGCAGAUGAAGCUGAAGCAGAAGUUAAUGUUCAAGGAGAUGUUCAUUUGUCUCCUGAUUCUGCAAAGUUAUUGAAAGAUCUUACAAAAGAUUUCACAACAGAAAAGACAGCUGGUGAUGAAGAAGGUGAUGAUGUAGAUAAAAGCUCAUCAAGCUCGUCUGAUGAAGAAAUUGAUGAAAUAGAACGGGCAAAGAGAAUUAAAGCUGAGAUUGAAAAAGAGAAACAGCUUAAGAGAAAUAGGAAAGAAGAUAAAGAUAUUAAACAUCAACCAUCACCAAUUCAUUCACCACUUCAUCAAUCACCACCACAUCAACCAUCUCCAAUCCAAUCACCACCACAUCUAUCACCACCACAUCAAACACCAAUUCAAGAACAACCUCUUGUUACUUCGCAACAAAUCUUUCAAACACCACCAUCUACACAACCACCUGUCCAGACUACACCUGGUUCUUCUGGUUACAAAACUUUUCCAAAUAUUCCGGAAGGUAUUACUCUCGAAGAAAUUGGAGAUUUCGGGUUUGCUAAUGAUGAACGAGUGAAGAGGUUAGAAAAGAAAGUGGAAGAGGUGUUGAUUGAAAACAAAAAGUUGGUGGAUCGUGAGAAGAAACUGGAGAAGCGUGUAAAGUCUGUGGAAGCUGAAAAUUCUUCAUUGUUAAAGAAAGUUGAAGCUGAUCAGACAGAAAUUGAUAUUCUGAAAGUCAAAGUUGCAGAGUUGGAAGAAGAGAAAGCACGCAGAGAUGAGCAGAACAAGUACUUUGAGUUAAAGAACAAAGAGUUGGAAGCUGCUAAAGCGAUGAAAGAACACGAGAUAUACAUGAUGAAUAAAGUGUUAGAAAACAUGCUUAGAAAGUCUGUUGAGCAGAGAUUUGAAGAGAUUGAAGUUGAAGAGGUUAGAGCUCGACGUCAACAGAAAUUGAUGCUUAGAUGA